AUGAAGCUUCAUCGGUUAUUAUCUGGGUUGCGCGUUUCGCGCGGUAUUCAUACUAGCUCAAGGCUCAACUCCAAGGUACAGGGUGAUGUCGUUGGUAUCGAUUUGGGUACCACCAACAGUUGUGUUGCAAUCAUGGAGGGAUCCACUCCAAAAGUCAUUGAGAACGCAGAGGGAAUGCGUACUACUCCCUCAAUUGUGGCCUUUACUGAUGAUGGCCAGCGUCUAGUUGGUGUUGUCGCAAAGAGACAGGCAGUUACAAACCCUGAAAACACUGUAUUCGCAACAAAGCGUCUCAUUGGUCGUAAGUAUGACGACGAUGUAAUCAAGAAGGAGCAAUCAACUCUCCCAUACAAAAUUGUAAGGGCCGCCUCUGGAGAUGCCUGGAUCGAAGCCCAAGGAAAACAAUAUUCUCCAUCCCAAAUUGGUGCCCAAGUACUCGCCAAGAUGAAGGAAACCGCCGAGGCUUACCUUGGCAGAAAGGUUGGCAAGGCUGUCAUUACUGUCCCUGCCUACUUUAACGAUUCUCAACGUCAAGCCACCAAAGAUGCUGGUAAGAUUGCUGGCCUGGAUGUACUCAGAAUUAUCAACGAGCCAACUGCUGCCGCUUUGGCCUUUGGACUUGAUAAGCAUGAUGGAAAGACAAUCGCAGUAUACGAUUUGGGUGGUGGUACAUUUGAUAUUUCAGUUUUGGAAAUUCUUGGCGGUGUAUUUGAGGUAAAGGCCACAAAUGGAAACACUUCUCUUGGAGGUGAAGAUUUCGAUCAGAGGAUUCUGCAGUAUCUGGUGCAGGAAUUUAAAAAGCAAUACGGAAUGGAUUUGCGUAACGACAAACUUGCCGUACAAAGGUUGAGGGAGGCUGCUGAAUCCGCAAAGGUAGAACUCUCCAGCAAGACCCAGACUGAGGUCAAUCUUCCAUUUAUUACAGCUGAUGCCUCUGGUCCAAAACAUCUCCAGUGCAAGAUUACAAGAGCAAAAUUGGAGGAACUUUGCAACGACUUACUUGAGGGUACUGUAGAACCCUGCAAAAAAUGUAUGCAAGAUGCUCAGGCUAGCAGCUCUGAGCUAAAUGAUGUUAUUCUUGUCGGAGGCAUGACCAGAAUGCCCAAGGUAUCUGAGGUUGUCAAGAGAAUUUUUGGAAAGGAACCGUCCAGGGCUGUUAACCCAGAUGAAGCUGUUGCCAUGGGUGCUGCUAUCCAAGCUGGUGUCCUAAAGGGUGAAAUCAAGGACUUGCUCCUUUUGGAUGUAUGCCCUCUUUCUCUCGGUAUCGAGACCCUUGGUGGUGUAUUCACACGUUUGAUCAACAGGAACACUACUAUUCCCACUAAAAAGAGCCAGAUCUUUUCUACUGCCGCUGAUAACCAAACUCAAGUUGGUAUCAAGGUCUACCAGGGUGAAAGAGGUAUGGCUGCAGACAACCAACUUCUUGGACAAUUCGAUCUCGUUGGAAUUCCUCCAGCGCCCCGUGGUGUACCACAAAUUGAGGUCACAUUUGAUGUAGAUGCCAAUGGUAUCAUGAACAUUUCUGCUGUAGACAAGUCCAGUGGAAGGAAGCAGGAGAUUACAAUCCAGUCUAGCGGUGGACUUUCCGAGGCUGAAGUUGAACGCAUGGUUAAGGAUGCUGAGGCAUGCAAAGCUCAAGAUGAGGAAAGGAGACGUAGCACUGAUGCCAAGAAUGAGGCCGAAUCCCUCUUGUACGCUGUCGAUAAGCAAUGCACUGACUUUGCUGAUAAGAUCAAGGAGGAGGAUAAGCAAGAGCUUCAAGCCAAGCAAGCUGAACUUCGUACUGCCAUGAGUGGCCAAGAUGUCGAUGCCAUAAAGGCAGCACACAAGAGCUUGCAAGAUGUAUCAUGGAGAGUAUCCCAGAGCAUGUACAAUGCUAGUGGAUCACAAGGAGGAGCUACCGGAGGCAAGGCUGACGGCGCGUCUGGAGAAGGGAACCAAUCCGGCGAGGGAAAUACUGAGAACAAACAAUAGACUGGGUAGCGAAUACCUUUAAAUGUAGUAGAUU